AUUCGAUCACCUGCAAAUGCGGUUCGAAGUGCAGCAAUCCUGGUUCGUUCCAGACAUCCGACGCGUCGCGCAGCUUCCGACGCCUCGUUUCCCACAAGCUUUGGAGAUCUCCUGCAAGAUGACAGUCAUUUUCACCCUUCGGCUGGGUGACGACGGGUCUCCCGAAGAACGAAAGAAGUAUGUGCGGUUACCUCCGCCUGUAGAUAGUCAACCAUAUGUACUGCGUCUGAUAAUUACAGCUGGUUGUGUUGCGUCCCGAAAACCCACUCUUCACACGAAUUAUCCGGCUGCUGGGAGUACUUUUGAACGAAGUAAAUUCCAGUCCGUCGACUUCCAUAAUGAAGGUCUGGCGGAUUUUACAGUUGAGAUUACGAUACGCAUUCCAGGAGUAUUUGAGUACUAUGUGGAGUAUGACAACUGGCAGACAGGCCAACGAACACGUUCCAAAACACCAGGAGCGUUGGUGGUGGACCCACGGCUGUACCUUCCCAAUACCGCCUUGAAUGAUCCUAAAAUCAAAUCACCGGAAAAAAUCCUCCUACCCUUGGAUGGCAUAUCCAUUCUGACUGUUAUUCCCAAAUGGAUGCCUACUCUUUCGCACUGGCCACCAUACUUUUCGGCUUUUGCAGAGACUGGUUACAAUAUGGUCCAUUUUGCUCCGAUGAACGCACGAGGAACCUCCAAUUCGCCAUACAGCAUAUAUGAUCAACUCUCCAUUUCGGAUGACUGGUUCGAUACAAAGUUGACAGAAAAGGAGAAAGAGGAGAGUUUACGGAAUACUUUAGGAAAGAUUCGGAAGGAAAAUGGGAUCCUUAGUGUCACAGAUAUAGUGUGGAACCAUACAGCUUGCAAUAGUAGCUGGUUACAAGAACAUCCUGAAGCAGGUUACAAUCUGAAAACGUCACCGCAUCUUCGGCCUGCAUACGAGCUCGAGGAAGCGCUACUUCAGUUCUCAGAUGAUCUGGUCCAAAAGUAUGGAAAACCGGCGGCCAUACAUACUGAAGAGGAUUUGCAACGAGUUCUUGAUGUUGUCAAAUCCAAGGUUAUACCUCGGGUGAAGCUAUGGGAAUUUUAUAUUGUGGAUGCUCAACUAGCUGUAGCCGAAUUACGAAAAGUGCUCUCAUCCCAGGGACGUUCUCCUGACCAGAAUCGGUACUCAUCCCGGAACCUCGGCAUUUUGUCACUCCAAGGACAAGCCCAACUUUUGUCCCACGAUUGUCUAGUGGAUGCAAAAGACGGCAGUCGAUACGCAAAGACAAUCGACAGUGAAUUGGCUGCAGAGUUCAUCCAUAAAUUAGCAGUGGACCUGCACCUUGAGGAUUUGGAAGCACAAAUAUCACGAUACGAAGCUAUCCUGAAUGAGAUCAACCUUCCGUUGUACCAGGAGCACGAUGCGGACGUGGCUGCUAUCAUAGAAAAUAUCACAAACCGUGCAAGGUAUCUCCGGAUAGACCCCCAUGGACCAAAACUUGGCGCAAUUUCGAGAGAGAAGCCUCUCGUUGAUACCUAUUUCACGAGGUUGCCUCGCAAUGAACUAACAAGAUCCCGACAUGUAGACGAACUUGUAUUAGCAAACAACGGCUGGAUCUGGAAUGCCGACCCUUUGGUUAACUUUGCAGCCGCAGACUCGAAAUCCUACCUGCGACGAGAAGUAAUUGCUUGGAGUGAUUGUGUAAAGCUUCGUUACGGGGACAAGCCAGAAGAUAACCCUUGGCUUUGGGAGCACCAGAUUGCUUAUACGCAAAAAAUGGCUCGUCUCUUUGACGGCUUACGUAUUGAUAAUUGCCAUUCAACCCCACUACAUGUGGCGUCGGCGCUUUUGGAUGCCGGUCGAAGAGUUAACCCAGACUUAUACGUGUUUGCGGAGUUGUUCACUGGAUCAGAGGAGAAGGAUAUCAUGUUUGUUUCUAAACUGGGCAUCAACUCGCUUAUUCGAGAGGCCAUGAAUGCCUGGGAUCCACAUGAGCUGAGUCGCCUGGUUCAUCGAUAUGGUGGACAGCCCGUCGGAUCGUUAACAUUUCCCCCAGAAAACUUUCCGCUAGACAUUCUUGGACAUGAUUUGAACUCUAACGUAUUUUCAUCAAGCGCCGAGGAGGAAGAGAUCUUGGUUGAUGUGAAGGGUUCGGUACCUCAUGCGCUCUUCAUGGACUGUACUCAUGACAAUGAAACGCCGCAUCAAAAGCGGACUGCAGCGGAUACGCUACCAAAUGCUGCAAUCGUCGCAAUGUCAAGCUGUGCGGUUGGCAGUGUGAUGGGAUAUGACGAGAUUGUUCCGGAACUGCUGAAUCUUGUUACAGAAUCACGAAAAUAUCGAGUCCCUGAUUUCAACGACGGUAUUUUACCAGCGAAAUCAGUACUGUAUAACGUCCAUCUAAAGAUGGCGAGAGAAGGGUAUUCUGAAAUCCACGUCCACCAAGAACACGAUUUCAUUUCCAUCCAUCGCCUGCAUCCCAUCACGCACGAAGGAUACCUGCUUAUUGCCCGGACAGCUUUCCAUCAUCACCAUAGCGAAGACGUGCAUUCGCCCAUUUUUCUGCGUAACCAGGUUGUACAUGUCAUGGAAUCUGGCACUCUCACUGUUCACGGGGCAACGUCAGACGUACAUACUCCAACACACUGGGAAAAUGAGCCUCAUGAUCCGGGUAACGCCGAUGGUCUGCUUCCGCUUCAAUCACCGACUGCCAUGUACCACACGUUCGAUAUUCCGGCACCUGGUUUUCGUCAGGUAGUAGGGACUAUAUCAGGUCUGCCAUCAACGUUGACGUUCUCAACCACGGUUACUACAAAAUCCUAUGCGAGAGAGGAGGCUAUCGGUGCUGAUGGUGAUAUGCAAACAGUAAUUACCGUCGACAAAGACACGUUCAGACCUGGAUCCAUCGUACUCUACCGGACAUCAGUAGUCGGAAAUGGAAAGGACGAGCCUCGGGUAACUGAGGGCAUGACCAUAUCAGUAUCGUCAAGAACAUUGUCGCUAUCUCCUGGUGUGUUUGCAAGUCUCUGGAGCAUGCUGGGAAUGGACCGCACCAACGAAGGCAUUGAGGUUAUGGUGAAACUGGGUUGGGAUGUGCUUGGAUCAGGACAUCUCUGGUAUGGCGAUAAGAAGACGAAGUGGCCACCCGGUUUGUGGGAAGCUGUGGAGGGCUUAGAUAUGCUCGACAUCAACGUUGCACUCUAUCGCUCUGCUGCUGAGGAGGAGGACACGACGGGCGACAGCGUCUAUGACGUCCCUGGAUAUGGACGCUUAUCAUACUGUGGUCUUCAAGGGUUCGUUUCAGCUUUACAACCAGUUGCGCGAAAUAAUGAUCUGGGUCAUCCCGUAUUUGGAAACUUGCGCAGCGGCCCAUGGAUGGCAGACUACAUUGUGGCCCGUUUGAAAAGGCAUUUGCAAAUGUACCCUACUCUCAAAGCCCUUCAAAUAUGGCUAUCGGACCGAUUGGCGCUGGUUAAAAAGCUAUCACCCUCCUUCUCCCCCAAAUAUUUCACUUUCGUAGUUUGCUCAGCCUAUCAGGCUUUGCGGUAUCGCGCGCUAACGAUGGAUGCAUCACGUCUCCAAAUGUGUCAAGUAGCUGGCAACCGAAAGUCAUCCUUGGAAGCCUUCAACAAUGCAUGUUCAAUGAUGACCUUCCAACUGUACGGUCGCGUCUUGUCAACUGGACUGGUUCCACCCCAAUACCCAUUGGGUCUUGUUGCUCCAGAUACCGGUCCUCCUGACGCUCAGAAGAAGAAGAAUCCGUCACUAGCGGCGGGAUUGCCCCACUUCGCAACCCAAUACAUGCGGUGCUGGGGUCGCGACAUCUUCAUAUCGCUAAGAGGCAUGUUUUUGCGACCUGGACAUUACCACGCAGCUCGAGCCCAUUUGAUAGCAUUUGGAUCGACAUUACGGCAUGGAUUGAUACCUAACCUUCUCGAUCAAGGCAUUAUGCCGCGGUACAAUGCUCGCGAUGCUGCUUGGUGGUGGUUAUAUAGUGUUGCAGAAUACUGUAGACUGUCGCCUGAAGGAUAUGCUUUUCUAGGUGUGGAGGUCGCACGGCGUUUUACUCCGCGGCGAAGAUAUAGAAAUCCUGACUAUCUAGCCGUCGCGGACGAAGAUGAUGAUGGACAAGGUGACACUUAUUGUCCAUAUGAUGAUCCAUCCAGAGCAUUUGUCCACCGAAGCACAAUAGCUCAAUUAUGCCAUGAAUUGCUGGAACGGCAUGCACGCGGCAUCAAGUUCCGUGAAUGGAACGCUGGGGCGAAUCUCGAUCACGCCAUGCGAAGCGAAGGAUUUGAUGUAGAGGCGCGAGUGGACUGGCAAAUGGAUGGAUUGGUAGUGGGUGGCAAUAGAUGGAACUGUGGGACUUGGAUGGACAAAAUGGGUGAUUCCGAAAAGGCCGGAACAAAGGGUGUCCCAGCAACACCGCGGGACGGCGCCGCCGUUGAAAUUUGCGGACUAGCAAAAGCGGCAUUGAAAUGGGUUGUGGAAGAUGUCCUCGGCAAGGGACUUGGGAAGAAGUGGUGGACGUGGGAAGGUGUUUUGAUCACAGAUGGCAAUGGUCAUGACAAGUUGGUAACCUAUCAAGUUUGGAAUACGUUGCUUCAGUCCUCUUUCGAAAGGCACUUUUACGUACCCACCGAUCCAAAUCAAGAUCCGGAAUACAAUAUCGACAAACCUAAUCUUGUACAUCGACGUGGGAUAUACAGAGACACGGUUGGAAGUAUGCGAGACUUUAUGGGAUUCCAGCUGCGCCCAAACUUCUGUAUUGCCAUGGUUGUGGCUCCGGAAUUGUUUAAUCCGGAUCAUGCCCGCCAGGCACUAGAUGUUGUCAAGGAGCAGCUUGUGGGUCCAUUGGGGAUCAAGACGCUGGACCCACGCGAUUGGGCGUACCGCGGGGUGUACGACAACGCGAAUGACGGUACAGAUGCCACGGUUGCUCAUGGUUUCAACUAUCAUCAGGGUCCGGAAUGGGUGUAUCCGUUAGGAUUCUUCCUUCGUGCGUAUCUGUACUUCCAUACCAAAGCACCUGGACAUGAUCCAAGCAAGGUCGACUCUGUGUACGCCUAUAUUCAGCGUGUACUCCUCCGCCACAAGCAUCACAUCCUCGACAGUACGCAAAGCCCAUAUGCGGGACUACCCGAGCUGACCAACGAAAAUGGUGGAUUCUGCGGAGGAAGUUGUCCUACGCAGGCCUGGAGUGGAGCUGUGAUGAUAGAGUUGGUGGCCGAUCUUUUGGCCGCCGCGAAGCUGCCAGCAGUAGCUGGUUGAGGUUAUUUAGUACAUCCUAGAUCGCACCCACAUGAACAUUAUGGAUAUACUAGACUGCAGUCCUGUCGCGGCGUUUGAAAACAUGACAUCAUUUGAUUUAUGUACAGAGCUUGAGCCGAUAAUAAAUACAUAGCUAACUCCUCCUUUCAA